AUUUCAAGCCGAACGAACUUUCGCUCUCGUGCACAGUCACAGUACCUGAGGCCGUUUAUUUGAAAAAUGCUUUCAUCUCGUGCAUUUUGGGUAAAUAUGUCAUUUAUCAUUUUCACUCUUUUAUUCUUAUAGUUUCAUCAAAGAUUGAGAGUAAUAACACUGGUUAAGAUGGCAGUCCGAAUUUAGGGUCAAAUGAAAGAGUUUUCUUCUGUUCAACCGAUUAAAUAGCGUCACAGACUAAGCUUUUAAAAUUUCAAAUUACUUCGAUCAUUUAAACUACAAUUUGAUAUAAAAGAUUAUAUUUUCAAGGUCAGAGAGAACUGUAGGUACGCUGGUACUCAUGUGAUGAAUCGGCGAUGUAGAAAUAGUGAACAAAUAUGCGAUAGUUUGUAAAUAGAAGAUGAAUGAUGGAAGUAUUAAGUUUUAAUAUGAACUUCGUAAUGCACUUUGCUCACCAUAAAGUCUCUGUGGCUCAGUGGUAGAGCAUCGUAGCGUGGAAUCUGAAGGUUUGGGUUCGGUUCCUCAUGGGAACUUAGAAUUUUUUCUUUGUCCCACGUUCGUGACCAGACGAAGAAAAAUCUUUCUCUAAAUAUGCAAUAUUUGGUUGGCUGUUAUGUUCUUUAGCGUGUCAUAGGCCUGAUUACCUUGAUGACUGUAACAGUGUAAAUGGUAUUUAAUACAGCGAACCAAAAAGAGGGAAAAGAGAAUCAGAAAAAAGGCCUAAUCGCUCAGAAAGCAGAGGAGUUUUAGUUAACUGUAUUCCCAUUAAAACUACUGUUACAGUUGUAGCGUGAGUCGUUCUGGUUGAUUGACAAUCGAUAAAUAUAGGAUCACGUCUUUCGAGAUGAAAACCGCUUAAAUUAAGUAAUGUCGGCCUAGCACACUUCUUUUCACUCGUGAUACUUCGUGCCUCGUAUGGAUCUUCGUGCUCCGAACAUGACUCGUGCGGAGAGGUUUGGUAACCGAUUGAUGUCGCUGUAUUCAGCGGAAAGGAUGUAUCUCAGGACAGUGUUUGAACUUGCCAUCAGAACACUCUCUUUAACAGCUUUGAAAGAAUCAAAACCUAAGGCUGUAUGUUACGUGCUUUCUUAAUUCCUUUCUAGCACUUUUAAUGAGUUUUCAAUUUUCUCUGCUGAUAAAACAAGACCCGAGUGUCUCAAUCUGCCGGGGCUUCUCUCGGUUUCUGACGCAUAUGGUGAUUAUCCAAUGAAGGGGAUGCUCGUUUCAGCCCCCUCCCCUCCCCCUAUUUUCAGUUAUACACGAAUCACGUAGCAAAUCAUGGCUGGGUUGUUCAAAUCUAACUUAAGAUAACCUAGGAAAGCUUUCAAAGAAUAUUCUUUUUGUCUACAACUUGAUGCUUGGAUGCUCUAAAAAGAAUAGAGGAAAUUAUCUGAAAAAGGCUUGUGAAGAAAGAAAUACAGAAACCCAGAUUAACUCUUAACCCUGGGUUAGUGCUAAUCGGCUUUCGAAUAACUGGGCCCAUAUCUCUUAAUACGCUUUAUACCAAUUGAAGGUUUCUCAUCAUUUGUUUCAGGUAAGUGUUGGCGCUUGGUGCUCAGAACCAUGACCGCAACACAAUACAGAAUGUUCUCAGUUAACAAUCCGUGGUCCCGUUCUCGGAUCAUCGCAGGAUUCAUUUUCACAUCUGCAAUUCUCCUGAUAGUAAGCUUUUCCGUCAUAGACUAUAACUCUUGGCCACGACUAGCCUAUGCAUCGACCAGCCUGAAACAUACUAUACCACGAACGACCAGAGGUUACAAUCGAUUACAACCCCUCAUCGACAUGUUUUACAACGCGUCAAAAGGCAAAGUGUUGAAUGAACAAAGGCAAACCUCUGCCCUUGGAGAUAAAUGGCCAUCAGUGGCGCAUUCCACGUUGAAUAUGAGCAGUUUGCAAGAAGUCGAUAACAAAGUAUCUGUUCUGUUAUUGUUGAUUGUUACCACGGCUCCUUCGAGAUUUGACAGAAGAGAAGCAAUCAGAGCAACGUGGUGGAAAAACUGCGAUGGAGCUGAGGUGAGUUCUAAAAGGCCAUGCAAAAAAAUUAUCUCCUUUCAGUUGGAAGGAGAAUUCAGUACACUUAGCCAGAGAAACACAAAAGCAGGUUAAGUCUUCGCGAUACCCAAGUUAUUCGUGAGCAUGCUUAGACGAUUUCAGCAUAUCACGGCCUUAUUUGCAUGAAGUGACCUAUGGGACUGUCUCUCUCUUUGAGACGCUACUCACUGAAGGUAACAACAGCGUGCCGGUAAACAGUGGCAUGACUUUGCUGCACUAGAUCAAGGUUUGCGCAUGACAGAUCAUCGAUUUGUUACGCGUUGAGAUUCCAUAGUUAUCGCUUCCAGCGUCCGCGGUUCCUUUGACAAGCGUCGCAAAUCGAAACGCUGACCAAAGGGGUCAAGAGCGCAGGAAGUAGUAAUGGUCGAAAGGGAAGGGAAAUCGCAGAUGAGGCCAUACUCAGCUUUGUAUUUAUCAUUAUUCCUUUUCCUCCUUCCUUUCUGUGCUUUUGUUUGCUUUUCAGGUCAUGUGCAAGUUCUUCACUGAUGGUCUCCAGUUGACUAAAGAGCUACAGAAAAAUCUCUCCGCGGAGCAGAAGAUUCGCAGGGAUAUCGAGUUUAUGCCAUUUGAAGAAACAAGAAUUUUUGGAAUACGCUUCUUGUACCAGAUAAUGUGGGCGAAAGCAAAAUAUGAAUUCAAGUUUAUGUUACACAUGGAUGACGACUACUUUUUAUGCUUGGAAAAACUUAAAUCGGAGUUGUACCACAGACCGAAAAAAUCACUAGUUUGGGGUUCAUAUCACUGCUCAUUUAAAGACAUCAUUUAUGUCGAUGAAGCGUGGAUAAUAUUUUCUUCGGACGUUAUAGAGCAGUUCCUCUCUCAAGAUCCACAAACCAUUUUAUGCCAUCCACAUAGCGAUCAACAAAUUGCAGUUUGGCUCAGUACUUUGUAUGGCAGUAAGAAGAGCUUGAUAGAAUUUCACGAUGGAAGGCUUCACCACUACCCGCCAGCAAGAAAACUAGACAAAUUCAAGAAUUUACCACAGGUUUGUGACAAUUUCCUUGGAGUGCACGGAAGCUCGCCAGAAAUGAUAAAAAAGUUUGGGCGCAACAGCGCUGAUAGGCGUCGUAUUUUAAAACUUCCAAAAUUAACUCGUAUAACGGAGACGUGCCAUUUUCCUAACGUGUUUAACAUCUCUAAAGUUGCUGGAAUGUAUCAGUUUGAUUUGAGACCGUGUAUAACAAACCCACGAUGGACACCCGGUGAAGGAAUGUGGCGUGGUUCACAAUGAGAUCAGCAGCAGAAAAAGAUUAGCAUAAAGAAGAGAAACUGCAUCGAUCUGACCGCCGAAUGACUCCGUCUUGUGUCACAUAACCAAAAUCGUCCUUCUAAAACGGAUUCAUUUAACAAUAAACUAGAGGAGGAAACUCAGAUGUAGUGCAUACCAUUAACAUCGCGUUCUGCUAGGCUUGGAAGAGGUGUUAAUCAUGUAUUAUGUUCGUAAGAGCAAUUUGUAAUGGAGUGUCGCAAGUUACUCGAGAUUGCACUAACUCUGCUGUGAUUGGUGUAGAAAACUCAUGCCACCCUCUCAACCAAUCAGAUGCAAAACUUGAACCAAUCGAGACUAGGUUUCUCGCGUUUUCCCGCCCUUCAGACAGUAGGCCCAUUUUUACCUUGAGAUUUCAUUGGCUCCUUAUGAGAUUUUCCUUUGUUCUGGUGGGCUGUUGUGAUUUCUUUUCCACGAAUAGCAAGUAGCCUCUAUGACUGCGUCUGUUUCUGUUUACAGACCCAGCUUCCCUCGAUUUACAACUCCACAAUUUGAAUAAAAUAAUCAAAAAUUUAC